ACCAAUAUGAGCGGAUGCAAUUGCUCAGAUGGGAAACGGUGCGCCAGUAUUCCACGACAGAAAACGCGUUUGUUUAUCGUACCGCAGUGUGUCUUUAGGGCAAAGAAAAAUUGAAUUCACUGUUGUAAAUUUGGACUUAAUAUACACUUAAACAAAAUCAGAUUGGAUUAUUGAUGUUAGAUAAAAUCAGAUAGAAAUAUUAGAUUUAGCAAUGUUAGUGGCCGCAAAGGCUCCUCAAUCCUGCCAUUGCGAUUUAUAGUCGCACGCAAUGCUUAGCUUAACCUAUGUACAAAAAAAAAUAGUAGCCUAAAUACUUUUUUGUUAAUAUAUUCAGCGCUAUUUGUUGCCAUAUAUAUCUACUGUGUACAAAUAGUUACCUGAAAACAUUUGCCUCGUUUGUAACAUAUUGAACAUAUUGUUUACGAUAAGAACAAACUGAAAAGGAAUUAUAUAAGUGAACGAAGCUUUUGGAUCUAGUAUGUUUGUUUAUUACAUUGUGCUGGCACACAAUAGAUGAUCGGCGGACUGAAAAAGGCGUUGCGACGCAUACAAGUAGUGAGAUGGAUGUAUAAAAUCGCUAUCUCUUCCAUGGUAAUUUCAUCACAAGGAAACAGUCGGCUCCAUAUACAGAGCGAACAACUUCCUUUCAAAUGAGAAAGGCGCGUUGAAUAUGAGCAGAGACAUUUUAGUCAGAAAAGGUCCGCAGCCUGAGUAACAUUUCAAAAUUGAGAAAAGUAUUCUGACAACCGCAAUAGAGUAAAGGAUUAUGUAGUUAACAUAGCAAUCCGUAAAGAUGUCUUAUGCUGAGAUACAACGAAUAUGCGGGUAUUAGGAAUGAUGUAUUUGAUAAUUGGUCAAAAAUAGCCUGUCAGUGUGAACUGUGUUUUAUCCGGUAAUAAUUUCUUUCCUAGUCCCUGUUCAUUUUUAUCCUCCGUGUGAUCAUAGUAACUUUAUUUAAAUCUUUGAUUUAGGCAGCAACUCCUUGUUGUGCUUAUAUUUAUACUUGGACGACAAUCUAAACGUUAUGAGCGAACUAUGAUAUUUAUUUAAUAAUAAAAGAAAUGAUAUAAAAAGGAGGAAAAAACAAGUACCAAAGUGUCUAUAGCUAUGUUGUGAUAUGUACUUUUAGUUUGAUUGGAAGCAGGAAUGUCGUAUUGAUAGGAUAUGUUUGUCCACUUUCGACUAAUGGUUCCGCUGGCCCGAGUAAAAACAGAAUAGAGGAUGGAAUAUAUCAUUCUGUGACAGCCUUUGAUAAUUCUGUCUAUUUUAGGAGUACGAAAAGUCGAUGUCAAACUGAUAACAGAUUAGGGAUUUUGUAUGGCCUCAUUACUAGUUAGGAAGUUGUUUAUGCCUGUUCAUAUUAUUUUCUACAAGUUCUCUUUGUAUUUUUGAUGAUAGUCUUUAUUGAUAAUAAAAGUCUCUGAGUGUUAAUAUUAUCAGCCGAAAAGAGUCACUCAUAGUGGUUGACGUGUAGAUGAUUCUGGGUUCAGGCUACAACAGUUAAAACUGGAUAAUUUUAUACCAUGAAAAUAUUCAAGGAAAUACGCCGAUUUAUACCUCGGAUAUUAUUAUUUUUUGCAAUAAUCAAUGGCGGGGCUGGAUUUAAAGAAAAAUUAAUCACCGAGGGCAAAACUUUCAAAGUAUCAUGCCGUUCGCCUUCUCACACGUUGGACGGGAAACUUAUAAUAAAUGGACCUGUAUGGAGAUUUCCAUCCAACGUUUUCAAUACUAGUAGACGAAACAUGACUGGUCCAAUGAAAAUCAAAACCGAUAAUGGAUUCGAAUGGCGGAAUGAUAUUUCUAUCAGUGAAUCAGAAAUAGACGAUAGUGGCCUCUAUCAAUGCCAAUAUCCAUCCGAUGAUGCGGGAAUAGUCGAAGAACCUCUUGCCACAGAUGACGUCAGUUGGUUAAACUAUUUCGUAUCGGAAGAUAUGAUAAUAAAAAAACUAUAUGUUUUUGUUUAUGAUGGCAAGAAUUUGUUGACAAACACGCCCGGUUAUAUUAAAGUGCUCAAAGGUUCGAAUAUGGCGCUUCCGUGUAGAAUGACAACAAAGGCAGCAGAUGAAGUACAUUUGAUGAGAAUACCUUCUUCUAUUGCUCUUCCACCCCGAAUAACAUACGAUCCAGCAGUCGGCUACGUUGUGUAUAACACAACUUAUUUAGAUGCUGGAAUGUGGAAAUGCGUUGCCAGACACAACGCCGUUGAAACUUCACGUAGCAUGAUGAUCGGUAUAGAACGCCGCGGGGCUGGAUUUCAAGAAAAAUUAAUCACCGAGGGCAAAACUUUCAAAGUAUCAUGCCGUUCGCCUUCUCACACGUUGGACGGGAAACUUAUAAUAAAUGGACCUGUAUGGAGAUUUCCAUCCAACGUUUUCAAUACUAGUAGACGAAACAUGACUGGUCCAAUGAAAAUCAAAACCGAUAAUGGAUUCGAAUGGCGGAAUGAUAUUUCUAUCAGUGAAUCAGAAAUAGACGAUAGUGGCCUCUAUCAAUGCCAAUAUCCAUCCGAUGAUGCGGGAAUAGUCGAAGAACCGCUUGCCACAGAUGACGUCAGUUGGUUAAACUAUUUCGUAUCGGAAGAUAUGAUAAUAAAAAAACUAUAUGUUUUGUUUAUGAUCGUAAUAGUUAUUUUAAUAGCAAAUGAUCGUCCAAUAAUUCAUUUCUCUUUCUAUGUAUCCGUAUCAGAUGGCAAGAAUUUGUUGACAAACACGCCCGGUUAUAUUAAAGUGCUCAAAGGUUCGAAUAUGGCGCUUCCGUGUAGAAAGACGACAAAGGCAGCAGAUGAAGUACAUUUGAUGAGAAUACCUUCUUCUAUUGCUCUUCCAUCCCGAAUAACAUACGAUCCAGCAGUCGGCUACGUUGUGUAUAACACAACUUAUUUAGAUGCUGGAAUGUGGAAAUGCGUUGCCAGACACAACGCCGUUGAAACUUCACGUAGCAUGAUGAUCGGUAUAGAACGCCGCGGGGCUGGAAUUCAAGAAAAAUUAAUCACCGAGGGCAAAACUUUCAAAGUAUCAUGCCGUUCGCCUUCUCACACGUUGGACGGGAAACUUAUAAUAAAUGGACCUGUAUGGAGAUUUCCAUCCAACGUUUUUAAUACUAGUAGACGAAACAUGACUGGUCCAAUGAAAAUCAAAACCGAUAAUGGAUUCGAAUGGCGGAAUGAUAUUUCUAUCAGUGAAUCAGAAAUAGACGAUAGUGGCCUCUAUCAAUGCCAAUAUCCAUCCGAUGAUGCGGGAAUAGUCGAAGAACCGCUUGCCACAGAUGACGUCAGUUGGUUAAACUAUUUCGUAUCGGAAGAUAUGAUAAUAAAAAAACUAUAUGUUUUUGUUUAUGAUGGCAAGAAUUUGUUGACAAACACGCCCGGUUAUAUUAAAGUGCUCAAAGGUUCGAAUAUGGCGCUUCCGUGUAGAAAGACGACAAAGGCAGCAGAUGAAUUACAUUUGAUGAGAAUACCUUCUUCUAUUGCUCAUCCAUACCGAAUACCAUACGAUCCAGCAGUCGGCUACGUUGUGUAUAACACAACUUAUUUAGAUGCUGGAAUGUGGAAAUGCGUUGCCAGACACAACGCCGUUGAAACUUCACGCAGCAUGAUGAUCGGUAUAGAACGCCCUCUUCACACAUUCAAAAACGUGAAAAUGUACGUUAUACCAAAUAAGAGAGUGACGAUUAACUCGACAGUUUUGAUUCAAUGUGAAGUUGAGUGUGAAAUUGGAGCGAGAGUUAACUUUUUAUGGACAUACCCUUCCAAAGGAAAAGUAGAACUACGGCCCACUUACGGAAAAAUGGGUGAGCGACCAUUCUUCGAUCAAUAUGAUCGAUCCCAACCUAACAUCGGUUACAGUUUUUGGUGGAGCCAAAUAGAAAUAAAAAAGGCGGAACUUCGAGAUUCUGGAAUUUACUAUUGUUCCGUUCAGUCAAAAACAAAGAAUAAAACUGAAACCGUUGAAGUGCAAGUGAUGGAUGCGCAGUACUUGUUCAUAGUCAGUCAACCCGAGUUCAUCCCGAAUGUGCCAAGCAAUCAGAGCAAAAACGUUAUUGAAGCAAUAAGAGGAUAUUCGACAAAAGUUUCCUUCGAGGUGGCUGCGUUUCCGAGUCCAGCAUUUCAGUGGUUACACAACGAUACAACAAUAUUAGCAAAAGAUAAUGAAAUUGAAAUAUCACAAUCGGCAGACGACACCACUUUUAAAAUUAGUUUAAAAGUUAAUAAUACGAGCUAUGAAACCGCAGGAAAAUAUAAACUCAUACUGGAGAACGAAUUCGCGAAAGAGAAUGUAACAUUUUAUAUGUCAGUAGUAGAUCCUUCAAAACCAACGAUUGAAAACUUUUUUAAAAAAUCAAUUGAGUUAAAAACAGGUCAGAGCGCAAAGUUGAUCUGCAGAGCAAAAGGAAGUCCGAAACCAUUAAUUCGAUGGUAUCAUGGAAGUACCGAGAUACAAAAUGUCACUGGAAUAUACUCACUAUUGCGUGUGACAUCAGAGGACGCUGGAAACUACACGUGCACGGCGACAAACGACUUAGGUGAAUCAUACAGAAGCAUCCAAGUACGAGUAAAAGAUCCGAGCAUCGGAUUUGCCACGGGAUUUGGAAUUGGAAUAUCUUUAUUAGUAUUACUUCUAAUUUGCUUGACGGUGAAACUGUUCACGAAGAUAAAAAAAUUUAAAGAGAUUAAGAAAAGGAUGGAACUAUCUCAAAAAUACUUAGUGCCUAUAUUGGAUCCCAACGAAAUGACGAUGCAAGAACAAGCAGAGCGACUUUCAUACGAUUCCAAAAAAUGGGAAAUACCAAGAGAUAGAUUGAAAUUUGGAAAAACAAUUGGACGGGGAGCAUUCGGACGAGUGGUUCAAGCUACAGCCUUUGAUGUAGAUAAAACUUCUUCAUGUAAAACUGUUGCAGUGAAAAUGCUCAAAACUGGAUCACGCACCGGUGAAUACACUGCAUUGAUGUCGGAGUUGAAGAUACUAAUCCAUAUAGGACCGCAUUUGAAUAUCGUCAACUUGUUUGGAGCAUGCACCACUAAAGAUGGCCCCUUGAUGAUAGUUGUGGAAUAUUGUCGAUUUGGCAACUUGUCAAAUUACUUGCGAAGAAUGCGAGAUUACUACACCAAACAUUCACAGAAGAAAAUCUCUAAACACUUAGACGCAGACGUUGAUUUGCUUGACAGAAAACGAUCUUUGACAGAUGAAGGUGACGUUACUGAUAUGGCGUCCGUAUCUGAAGAAAGUGCAUUCGUAGAUUGUGGGAGCGAAGCAAGAAGCGGUUUAAAAUGGGACCAAGCUAGCAAUAGGAAUAGCACAACUUCGACUAUAAGCGCUUCUGACACAAUAUUAUCUAGAGAUGAUGAUGAACUAUUAAUCAGAACGAAAACAGGACUUUCUUCGAGCGAUAGCGUUGGUAGCGGAAGGUCAAGCAUCAAAAAGAACAACCGCGAUGAUGACGUAGAAAAUCCUACCGAGAAGAAAUCUUUAAAUCUCUCUGAUUUGCUGUCAUACAGUGUACAGGUUGCCAGGGGAAUGGAGUUUCUCUCUUCUAAGUUGUGCAUCCAUAGAGAUUUGGCUGCUAGGAAUGUCCUUCUUACUGACUAUCAAGUCGUGAAAAUUUGUGAUUUCGGACUUGCGAGAGACGUUUACAAACACCCAGACUACGUUCGAAGUGGAGAGGCGAGACUUCCGUGGAAGUGGAUGGCUUUGGAAUCAAUAUUUGAUGAAAUUUAUUCGACAAAAAGUGACGUAUGGUCCUUCGGCGUUUUGUUGUGGGAAAUAUUUUCAUUGGGUAGUUCUCCAUAUCCCGGAAUUCAAAUGGACGGAGAUUUUUGUAACAAACUCAAAGACGGCGUCAGAAUGAAGAAACCAGAGUAUUCUCCCGAUCAAGUUUACAGCACAAUGCUAUCAUGCUGGAUUAACAAUCCAGAGGAAAGGCCUACUUUCACAAGCUUGGCAGAAGAAUUAAGUGAUCUGUUACAAAGUGAAUCGGAAAAUGACUACCUAGACAUGCUUAAAAUAUUCGAAAGAAAUGGAGAUUUGAUGCUGAAACGUGGAGUUUCUAGGCUGGAUGAACUUCCUGAAACAUUCGAAGAAAUGAAGAUGAGUAAAGCGCAGGAAAAUCAACAUCCUUUGGUCGCUGCCGUGGAAUAUACCGAUGUUGAUUCCCAAGCAUUAUCGGCUAUGAAAUUUGGUACAGAAAUUGAAGAUAAACUCAAAAGGAAAAUAAUAGGCUCGAAAAGUGAUCAAAAGUGUGCUGAUAAGUUUGAUAUUACGCGCAGAAAAGAGACUGUGGGACCUCACGAACAUGAAAUAAUUAUAUCAGACGUAUCCAACAGCAAAACAAAUAAGGAUACCUCAGAAACGAAUUAUCAGCAUUGUUCAAUCGACAUGUAUCCUGGAACAUCAGCGUGUGAAAGUCCGCCAUCUUAUUCAACAGUUGCAGAAAUUAAGGAAUAAUGUAUUGCAAGAUAUAUUAUAUCUUAUUAUGCGAAU